AUGAGCAACGGGAGCGAGGGCCCCGAUGCCGAGCACGGCCUCCUGCAUCGCAGGGGCUCCUGCUCUGUCGCUGUCGAGCCGCAUCUGCGGUCGAGGCUGCUCUAUCCCAACCCCGUUUGUCUCCUCACAACGACGCACAUCGGCUUGUCGUCCUCUGGAACUGCAUCGCAACUUGCUUACGGCAAAGUCCAUCUCGUCAAACACCACAACCCUCCCAUCCAUGUCCCGUACAGCCCCCAGCCCACCGACCCGGCACAGGAUGCCAUCGAAUCCCCCGCCAUUGCUUCGAGGAACGUCAUGACCAUCUCGUGGCUGACACCCAUCGACAACAACGGAAACCUUGUGUGCUCGAUCAAGACGAGUCGCCACUCCAAGAGUCUGCUCCUCGCCUCGGGAUAUUUCGUUCUGAACGUGCCCGUCCACGGCAUGGAGGAUCUGAUUGUUCAGAUCGGCAGCUGCUCUGGAUCGGCCGUGGACAAGUUCGACCACCUGAACUUGCCGGUCUGCCUGCCUGGAUGGGCUCCGUCGCCGCCCUGGCCCUGGUCGACCAGCAGCGACACUGUCUCGGCAGACCUCCCAGCCCAGCCCGUAUCCAAUGUCGCCAGAAAGUCUCGUCGGUCCAAGGAGCAGCCGGGCGAGACCAUGCCUCCGCUUGUAGCUCUCGCUGACUGCGUUGCGCAUUUGGUCUGUCGAGUGGACGAUUCGCACGAGCGGCUCGGCCAUUUGAUCUGCUACGCCAGCAUCCGCACGGCCUUUGUCCAGAAGAACUACUGGAACGGCCGCACCUUUGCGGGCCCGCUCGACGGAGGCAGCGGCGGUGAGAUCCUGAGCUUUCUCGGAACCAAGACCUUUGCUCGCAUCGUCCCGGUGGCGUAG